AGUGAACUGCUGAUAAGCAGCUGUCACAGCGUCACAGAGUGAAUAUAGCUGCUGUGGGGUUCUGGACAGGAACCGUUCUUCACACAAUAUCUGACCUUCAGGCCUUGGGUUGAAACAUCCUCGAUUCUGACAGUAAACAACUGCAACAAAAAUCUGGUUUUCCCUGAAGUGUGACUGGAGUCUCUCGGCUGUCUGAGAGCUGCUACACCAGGAGGAUGGCGUCAAAGGAGGACAGCGAGCUCGACGCCCUGACCUCAGACAACAGCCUGCUCUGGACCCCGGACACAUCCGAGCUGGACGGGACCGCCAGCCGGCUGGAGCAGGUGAUGAAGAACAUGGAGGAGCUGUUGUUGGACGUGGAGCAGCUGCGGAGCGAGUGCCAGUUCCAGGCGUCCGAGCUGGUCCGUGCGGCGGGGGAACUGAAGCAGCAGCAGGACGAGCUGAAGGACACCUACGCCGACCUGUCCAGAGACAUGCAGGAGAUCAUGGAUUCCUUUGAAGAGCUCUUCAGCACCAACAGUGACUCCGAAGCCACAGCGGAGCAGGCAGAUACAGAGGAAAAGCCGCUCUGAGGGAAAGGGGAGAGACUGGCAGACUCUUUCUGUUUCUCGCUGAGUGUGUGGUUUGCAAUUCGGAUGUGUGCGUCAAGUGUGGUUUGGACUGGUGUGGAGGUUUUUCUGCAAGGCUUUAAUGAGAUCCUUAAAUUUAAUUAUACGCACCAUUUCUGUAGUGCAAAUUACACUUUCCAGGUUCUAUAUUUGACAUUCACUUUCACUGGAAGGCAGUUUGUAAAAUGCAUUGUUAGGUAUCAUUAAAGAAAUUAAAAUGCACACAGCCUCAAUCAAUGAAAUGUCCCAUGUACAGGCAAUUAUAGUUCCACUCUGCAGUCUUUAACACACAUUUGACAGACCUUUGCUGCGGGUCAACAACUGGAGGUUUUUCUUUUUUUUUUUCCUGCACACACACACACACACACAAAACACACAUACAUACGUCACACUCUCAUUUUCCACCACCAUGGGGGUUGAAAGUAUCUAUGUUCUUACUCCCGUCAGGAUGGAUCGGUCCUCCAGCAUCUGUGCAGCAAAGUUGCCCUUCUUCGGCUUUUCUUACUUCCAUAUACUCCUCCAUUGACUCUAAAUAGAGGAGUGUGUGUGAGUGAGUGUUAUUUUCAAGUGCGUGAGUGUGUUCCUCCAACACGCUCCUUUGCUGUGACCUACUGGUCUGUAUUUAGUGGUUAUGGGAUGUAAAAGGGACAAUCAGUGGCCAAUGACUUCAACACGAAGCAAUGAACACUGACUGGUAACUUCAAAAUCUCUUUGACCCUCAAUCUCACUUUGGUGGGUUUCUAAAUGUGCCAACCUUUGACUGUGAACCAUCCUGCAAAACUAGAGCUGGUUAUUCCUCUCACUAUUUGUGCACAGAAUGUGCAUUCAUCAUCAGGGUCUAAUCCCAGAGCAAAUUAGGUUUAUCCAUCCCAAAUACUUUUUAUUUAAUGUUGGACUAAACAAAGUUAGUUUUAGGACAUGACCACAUAAUAUGAUUUUUUUUUUGUGUGUUUCAGACAAUGGAAAGGGUUGUAUUUACAUCAACUAUCCGGGGUUACAUGUAGGCUAUGACUAAAAGGACCACAUAUUGUUUAUUAUGCAUUCAAUAAAAGUAAUUAUCCCCUGUGAAUAUGAAUAACCAUUAAAAUGUUUCCCCUAAGAUCUAUUAUUGUUGACAGUAGGUAUCUUAACAUAUUUGAUCAUAAAAAACCUCUCCCUUGUCAAAAUAGCUUUCAAUAGUUGUCGAAGGGAUUCUUGCAAAAGGCGUCAUUUAUUUAACUAAAACACAUUGUGAAAGGAUUCAAUAUAAAACUACAGGAUGAGUAGCCUCACAACUUGAAGGUUUUGACUGGAAACACUGGUCAAAAUAUAAGAUAUCUCAAUCUAAAAGAAGAUCACUUUUUGGGGGAUUUUCUGUGCGGUUGAAACCCGACACUUUAUGAGCCGUGGUGUUGUUGAGUUGUUGAGGCUGAGGAGAUACAAAAGCCGGGCGUCAGUGCCUACCUUCAUCACGAGUGAGGAGCACAGCCCUCUGGACGGCUCAGAAUUCACUCGAAGAAGUUGUGCUGUGAUUUCUGGUGAAAAUGAACGUCCUGCAGGUCUUGGGUCUCCUACAGCUGCUGGCCGUACCUGCUUUCGCUCUCAGAUGGCCAACCCACGACCACUGGGGACAGUUUGGGGCCUACGGGCCCUGCAGCCGCACCUGUGGAACGGGAGUGGCAACGAGAACCAGGACUUGCAUCACUUCCAGGACAGAUGGUGGACAUAAUUGCGUCGGCUCCUCUAAGUCCUUCCGAACCUGUAAUAUACAAGAAUGUCCAUUUGGAUCCAGGGACUUCCGGGAGGAGCAGUGUUCCCAGUUCGACAGAGCGGACUUUCAGAGCAAAAGCCGCACAUGGGUGCCUUUUUAUGGAGCAUCCAACCCGUGUGAGUUGAGCUGUGUCCCAAGAGGAGAGAACUUCUUCUACAGACACCGAGGUGCCGUGGUGGAUGGGACACCGUGCUAUGUGGGCCGCACUGACAUCUGUGUGGAAGGCAUCUGCAGGAUACUGACCCAUGAAGAGUUCACGGGCCUGGAUGGCGACGCUAACACGGCUCACUCUGCUGCCGCCGCCCCUCCCCCGAAGGAGACGCUCACGUACGUCUACAAAACCGGUGUCUAUGGCCAGUGCUCCGCCUCCUGCGACGAAGGCACGCAGCACCGCAGCGUGGAGUGUUGGGUCGAGGACCGAGCGGACCCCCGCGUGGUGGAAGAGUCUCACUGCAUCGCCCAGCGGCUGCAGAGGCCACGCGGACAGCAGGCCUGCAACAUGCAGCCCUGUGGCGCUGAGUACAGGGUCUCCAGCUUCGGUGCGUGUUCGGUGACCUGUGGGGAAGGCCAGCAGACGAGGGGGGUGACCUGUGUGGGGUCAAGAGGUGAACGUCUGGCUAACCAAGCCUGUAAGGGACUGGCAAAGCCCCCGUCGGUCCAGGCCUGCCACAGACCCGCCUGUUACACACACGUCACCUGGCAUGUGACUGAUUUCGGACAGUGCACCAGAAGCUGCAGUGGGGGAGUGAGGGAGCGGAGAGUGGGCUGUUUUGAUAUGGAUUUGAACCCCUACCCGGAGGCCCGGUGUGGCACAGCUACCAAACCCCUCGCUGUGGAAACAUGCAACGCACAGCCAUGUCCCAGAGCUCAAAUGGUUGAGAGUGUGCAGAAACCAAGGACACGUGAGAGCACCGUGAAAGGAUUUGUACCCCAUGUUCCAGAAGACCCUUCAGCUUCCAGGUGGCAGACAAACAUUGCCUCCCCUCCUGUGCUCGGCCCGCACUGUGCACAGUCAUCGCACGGCUGCUGUCCUGACGGGCAAACCUCUGCCACGGGGCCACAGAACCAGGGCUGCGCACAGGACGACUGUGUUGGCACCAGGUACGGAUGUUGUUUGGAUGGUGUGACUGCAGCUCGAGGAUUUGGAAGGGCUGGAUGUUCCGAGCAGCAGACAGCCGUGCAACACACGGCACCUUCUACCCUUCCAUCCUCUGGGAAUGUGUGCUCCAUGCCUCGUGAUGAGGGCCCCUGUGAUAAUUGGAAGGUCCGCUUCUACUUUGACUCUGGCACAGGCAAAUGUACUGAGUUCUGGUAUGGAAGCUGCCACGGCAAUGCUAAUAACUUUGUGUCCCUGGAAGCAUGUCAGAGAGAGUGUGGGAAUGUGAUGAUGACAUCAGCAUCUCACAAAGGGACCCACAGGAGAAAGGCCCAAAGUAGUGCUUUGAGGGCACAGGCAUGACCGUGCUCCCCAAUAAUUCCUCCAAAUACCGGUAUAACCAGAGUUUGAAGCUACUCUUGUGACAUUUACACUCACAAACAUGUAUUCUAAAACUUACCAGAUCCUGCCUUUAUUUGAAACAUCAGACUUUACUUUUAUCUAUUUAGAUUGUCUCCCAAUAAAACUGACAUGAACCUUGCUGGUUCAUCAGUGGUUCUGAUUUUGUUAGUUUGAGCUGUGUUUUUGUUUGAUGCUCGUUAUAUUUCGCUUUUACACAAGGACUACGGUAAAACAAUGUCAAUGUGAUAAUGAGUUACAUCUAAAACCUAAUCAAUAAACUUGGAGCUAUCUGGUA